AUGCUCUACCGGUCGCAGUUCCAUAUCCUUUCAAAGAUCCCCGGCCCCCGGUUCCCAGCUGCGACUUCCCUUUGGAUUCGCUGGCAAAGAUGGCAUGGACGGCUGUCCUUCGAAGCCGACAAGCUCCUGUCACUAUACGGACCGGUAGUGAGGAUCGCGCCAAAUCUGGUUCUCGUCAACGACGUCCAAUCCGUACAGAGCCUCUUCGCGCGACAAGAUCUUGACACGGCACCCACGGCCAUCCGGGCGCUGCGCAUCGGCGGCCACGACUGGACCGUCACAUACCCACAGAACCCGGUUGCGCGCUCGCGUCGCCGUCCCGUCAUGGUGGCCACAACGAACAAGGCAAUGCGUUAUUGGCAGUCAACCUUCGACAAGAACAUUUCGCAAAUGGUUCAUGAUUUGGGUGCCACUCGGGGUCGCAGUUCGGAAGACAUUGUCUAUCACCUGCGCGUCGCAACACUUUUGAACUCGCAGGCUGUCAUGGCCGGCCCCCAGGCAAAUCUUGAACCGGGGGAUUUCCCUCAUGUUGUCGGCGAGUACAACUUCCUCGUUGUGUGGCGGUUAUGCCUUCCAGAAUGGCUUUUCUACUGGUUGAAGUGGAGCCCCUUCCGCCACGCUGCAUUCCGGGUGCAGUCUAGCGACCGCUUGUUCCGUCUUGGUAAAGAAAUCGUCGAUGAAGCGGCAAACUGGGCAGAAGACGACGCCGUCUCCACGGUCCAUGAGCUGCUUGCAAAGAGCAUGAAGGCCGGACGAUUUGAAGACGACCCAACCGAAAUCAGCGCCGAGAUGGCCGGUCAGAUUCUCGCCGCCACCGAGACCACGUCGUCGGCGCUCGCAUUUAUCUUCUAUUAUCUCGCCCGAGAGCCCAACUUGGUCGACGCUUUGUACGACGAACUACAGUCUGCCGAAGGCUUGAAGGACCUUGAAGGCCUUCAGCUCCUCAAUGCCUGCAUCACGGAGGGUCUGCGCUUCCGCCCUCCGGUAGCCCUCACGGGCAGCCGUGUAGUGCCUCCUGGAGGCCUAUCAAUCAUGGGCUACUUCGUGCCCGCCGGGACAGUGGUAACGACACAGUCGCUCUCACUGAGCCGACAGAGGCCAGAUCUGUUCCCCAACUACGACGAGUACGACCCGGCACGCUGGCUCGAAGACGACGACAAGCUGAUUUCUGAGCGGCGCCGCUGCCUUGCCCCCUUCGGGAUUGGCGCUCGUCGCUGCCCCGGCGGCAACAUGGCCACCUUCCAGAUGCGCAUGAUCCUGGCAGCAGUGGUCCGGGAAUUCCACCUAUCCGUCGCGCCCGAGACCACACCGUUGUCCAUGACGCCAUUUGAGGCCAACGGGUUCCGUUCCCGGCUGGAUGCAUGCCGCCUUGUUUUCACGCCACGAGAUCUGCGGCCCCAGCCCGGGCCAAGAGGGUGUGAGUGCGGGACCGUCUGCGAUUGUGUUGAGUGUUUGUGUGUCCAUUAUGACGAGCACUAG